AAACCUCUCCACAAAAACGACACCGUGCUAAACCAGUAUCCCACUACCCGCCAUUGAAUUCGUUAAACCCUAAUCCCUCUUUUUUUGAGCAGUCUGUAGCUAACCGUUAAACCUCUUCCAGUUCCCCAGUUCUCCCAUCUUGCCACAAGGGUUUUUUUCCUCUUUCACAGAGAAGAAAAUGUUGGAUGAAAGCAAAUUCGACGUGCACUUGAAAUUGUGGGCACUUCGAAUCCCUCGCGAGCUCUGCAAGGUCGCCACUCGAAUACUAAACGGAUAUUUGCUUGAUAAACCCCGCAUUAAGCCGAUUACUGAAGACCCGACAUGCGAAAAGAAUCGCUACAUGAUACUAUCUGAGAGGGUCCAAGAUUCCGAACUAUCUGAUAUUCCUGAAUCAAAUCUCAAUGAACUGAAGGGUUUAUGCAAGAUUGAAGUAGUUCCAUAUUCAUUGACACUUGGGUACUCAUAUUGGGGUGCAGACCAUAUAUUGAAGCAGAUUUUGCCUCCGGGACUCGAGGUUCCUUCAUCUUUUGAAACAAUAGGUCAUGUUGCCCAUCUGAAUAUUCAUGACGAAUUACUUCCCUACAAGGAUGUGAUCGCAAAAGUUAUCUACGAUAAAAAUUAUCCAAGAAUCAAGACAAUUGUUAAUAAAGUUGGAACAAUUGAAAAUGAGUUCCGUGUGCCAAAGUUUGAAGUUUUAGCAGGGGAAAAUGAUAUGGUUACAGAAGUGAAACAAUAUGGAGCAGCUUUCAAGCUUGAUUACAGCCUGGUCUACUGGAAUUCAAGAUUGGAGCAUGAACAUAUAAGGCUAGUUUCUCAGUUUCGAGCUGGGGAAAUCAUAUGUGACAUGUUUGCUGGUAUUGGUCCUUUUGCUAUCCCUGCAGCACAGAAGGGAUGCAUAGUUUAUGCAAAUGACUUGAAUCCGGAUAGCAUUCGUUAUCUGAAGAUCAAUGCAGAAACUAACAAGGUUGACGAUCGUAUUCGUGCAUACAAUAUUGAUGCGAGACAAUUUAUUUCUCAAUUGAUGGCUGUGCCUGACUGUGAUGAAAAAUCAGAUUCUGACGUCUCCAUACUGAAGAAGAAUGGUGACAAAUGUGCUGUUGAUGGCAAUCAAGAAUCAAAAUCUGAAAAUGGAAGGCUAGCAGCUGAGGCGAAAGAAGUACCAGAUGCUGUUAUUUGUAAUGUGGACACUUUACAGGGUUCCAGCAGGAAUGCUGAUUCAUCAGUACCUCCUGUUAAAAGACCUUCAGAUAGCUGUCAAUCAGAGAAUGAAAGUGUUGAUGGCACUAACAUCUCUGUAGCUGGUAGGAGAAAAGGAACCAAGACUAAGAGAAUGAGAGGUCCUGAGAUCUCUGCUGUUAAGACUUGGGAGCAUGUUGAUCACAUGAUAAUGAAUCUACCUGCUUCUGCUCUUCAAUUUCUUGAUGCAUUUAGGGGUCUGAUCCAGAGAAAAUAUUGGACGGGAUCUCUUCCUUGGAUCCAUUGCUAUUGCUUCAUAAGGGCAACUGAAACACAAGAAUAUAUUAAAUCAGUGGCAGAAUCUGCUUUGAAUGCCACUAUAAAGGAUCCAAUAUUUCAUAGGGUCAGGGAUGUCGCCCCAAACAAGGCAAUGUUUUGCUUAAGCUUUAGACUGCCAGAAGGGUGCCUUAUUUAAGAUGUCACUCCGCUUAUUCUGCUUCUCGGGAGGAAGAAGCACUUAUUGGCCUCGGAUACUAUCCUUCAUUCUAUUAGUGGGAAGAAUAUGCAAAUUGCGGGUCGUUGCUGCUGGUUUUCUGUUCACCAAGCCAGUACAGAAAUAAGCACACACAGAACAGUCUAACGGCUAAGAAGGCGAAAACCCUACACUCUACGAGCAACUGCUGUCUGUUGAAUUACUUGUAACCUUUCGUGUAGACGGUGUCAGAUUCUAAGAAGUGUAACAAAUUAUUAUAUUUCAUUUUAUUACCGUACAGUAAAUUUUUGCAUACUAUCUGUACCGUGGUGGGGAGUCCUUUUACUUCAUGGUUUGUGCAUGCAGAGAGUAGUUAGUGUGUUAUACAAUCAAGCGUGACAAGAAACUUUCAUGUAAGUUUAUACUUUAUGGAACAUGAAGUUUUUGGCCGUUCGAUCCUAAGCGGCCAAAACUCCCUAUA